CUUUUACUAAUAUCAAAUUUUCGUACCAGUCAUAAUUAAGCCAAAAAUCAGGAAACUACUCUUUAAGUAAAAACUAAACAUUCCGAAAAUUUGGCUAUAGAAUUUUUAUUAUUUGUCGCACUCAAUUUACAUAAAAUCUAUUCAUAUAUUUUGACGGUUAUCUUGAAAAUCUAAACUUGGGAAACAUAAUGGAUGUUUAAAAUGACAUUAGAAAAAGGGUCACGGGGUCAAAAAAACAUCAAAUGAAAAUGGUAGUCCCACGUCAAGAUGAAUAAAUACCACCAGAUCGAAGCACGAAGGGCAGUUCUUCUUCAGCUCUGGAAGAAUUCACAAAACGUUGAAGUUGAAGAUGAUUAUUUCGGUGUUUUGUUUGGUGGUGACUUUGCUGUUGUUCGUGGUGCUAAAUGAUAUGAGAAGGCCGAGAAAAUAUCCACCAGGCCCGAAACUGCUCCCAAUAGUUGGCAAUUUUCUACACUACAGAGAAAGAUUAAAGGCACUAGGAUACCACCACCUAGUUUGGAUGGAACUUUACAAAAAAUACGGAGAUAUAGUUGGCAUGAAAUUAGGAAGGAAUUACGUGAUAGGAGUUUUUGGUGCAAAUACUAUUCGAGAAGUAUUCACUAGAGAGGAUUUCGAUGGAAGACCAGAUGGAUUCUUUUUCAGACUUCGUACAUUUGGAAAAAGAUUGGGUAUAGUCUUUUCUGACGGUCAAUUUUGGCAAAACCAACGAAAAUUUUCUCUCCAACACUUACGCAGCUUCGGUUUUGGUAGAAAGGAAAUGGAAGAGAAAAUCCAAGAAGAAACCAGAUCGCUUAUAGAAAUCUUUAAAAACAAAAACUCAGAACCCAUUUUUAUGCAUAAUGCAUUCGACAUUUCCGUCUUGAAUGGUCUUUGGGCGAUGAUGGCUGGCCAGAGGUUCGAUAUUGACGACGAAAGACUGAGAAGAUUGUUGCAGAUUAUUCACGAUGCGUUUAGAUUGGUCGACAUUUCUGGAGGGAUGCUAAAUCAGAUGCCGUUUUUAAGAUAUGUCGCUCCAAAUGCUAGUGGAUACAACCAGAUUAAGGAAAUUUUAGAAAGGAUGUGGGAAUUCUUGGAGGAAACUAUUGAAGAUCACAGAAAAAUGUUUGCUUAUUCUCAACAACCCAGAGAUCUAAUAGAUGCAUUUUUACAGAAAAUUGAUGUUAAAAAUGAUCCUACAUUUACAGAUGACCAGCUCAUGUCUCUAUGUUUGGACCUUUUCAUGGCUGGUGCGGAGACCACGAGUAAUACCAUGGGUUUUGCUAUGCUAGCAAUGAUAAUAUAUCCUGACAUUCAAAAGAAAAUCCAAAAUGAAAUGGAUAGAGAAGUCGGAAGAAAUCGAUGGCCAGCACUUUGUGAUAAAAUAAGAUUAAAAUAUACUGAAGCGGUUCUUAUGGAACUUCAAAGACGAGUCACAAUAGCCCCCUUGGGUAUUGCCCAUCGGGCCCUCAGAGAUACCGAACUUUACGGUUACUUAAUACCAGAAAAUACAAUAAUUUUAACCAACCUCUACAGCGUGCACAUGGACGAAAGCUUUUGGAAAGACCCGUACGAAUUCAGACCCGAAAGAUUUUUAAACGAGAAAGGCGACUUGACUGUUAAUGAUAAGCAUUAUAUUCCAUUUGGAGGAGGAAAACGGCGAUGUCUUGGAGAAUCGCUGGGAAAAGCCAACAUAUUCCUAUUCUUCACCUCCAUUUUACACAAUUUCAAUAUCGAAAGAGCUGAUGACUCCGAAUUAAAAUUAGAAGGUUACGAUGGAGUGACAAUGGCACCGAAACCGUUUAGAGUUAGACUGAUUCCAAGACAAGACUGAAACUCAAUUUAAUUUUACAUUUUAUAUAGUUUGUGGGAUGUAUUCAUACCUAUACAGGGUGGCGCAUCGAAAACGAAAUAAAGACAUUUACUGAGAAGUACAUGAAUAUUAUAUCAUUAUAAAGGGAAUUGAAAGAACUUUGAAAUGAUGAUAAUGAUAAGAUUUUAGGGAUGGUGUUACUCCCGCCUAGGGGACUGCACGUAUUAACAUGUUUUUUUUUGCCAAUUUUGUGCCCCCCUCGAAAACAACUGAGCUGCCAGUAAAUGUCUCUGUUUCGUUUUCGAUGCGCCA